UAACUACUGAUCCUUUAUUCAAAAUGGUUGCGCCCAUGGUUUAAAGUUCAAAUAUUAAAAUGUUUUAUCGUAUAUUAAGUUCAAAGAAAUCUAACAAUGUCGACAGUAUUUGUACAGAUAGGCCAGUGUGGUAAUCAAGUUGGUCAAGCACUUUGGAAGAAAAUUAUCAAAGAUGAAGAGGUGAAAAAUAGUUACAGCUUUGUUGACAAUGAACAACGUCUUCGAGCAGUGGCUGUUGACAGUGAACCUAAAGUGGUUAGGAAAAUUACAAAAGGCUUGCCAUACCUAGAGCAGUGUGUGGUUUCUGGAAAACGUGGACGUGGGACAAACUGGGCUCUUGGUUAUCAUGGAGUGCAGAAGCUUGGGGAUGAUCACCUGCUGGAGAUCACACUGGAGGCUGUCAGGAAACAGGUGGAAAAGUGUGACACAUUCACAGGCAUUGUCCUGCUGCACAGUCUCAGUGGGGGUACUGGUUCAGGGUUCGGUUCCCGUGUGGCAGAGACUCUGAGGGAGGAGUAUCCUUUGGCGCACCUCAUGUCAUGUGCCAUGGCACCCCACGCCAGCGGAGAAAGCCCUCUGCAGCAUUUCAACAGCCUUCUGACACUGGCCACUCUACAGAGAUGCACAGAUUGUGUGGUGCUAACACAGAAUGACGAUGUGUUGCAACGAGUUCAGAAACAGGCCAAGAAUGAAAGCGUCUCCUUUGCCAAUCUCAAUGAGGCCAUAGCAAGCCACUUGACAGGCAUAUUUCUACCCACAGACUCUAUUAAAACUAAGAGCAAAUUCAGUCUGGGCAUGGAGCCCUGGGAGAUGAUGAGAUCCAUCAGCCCCGACCCACGAUGCAAGUUUGUGCAGAUUGCUCAGUAUAUGAACAGUAAACUUAGCUGGAAUGAGCUGCUCCAUAAGUUGUCAUCAACUCUGAGGAAAUAUGGGAAAAAUGGAGAAGCUUUUGCUAGCCUAGGCUGUAUAUGUGUUGCACGCGGGGAUAGCACAGGGGGCUUCCAUCUGCACUCUGGAAGUCUGGAACCCAAAAUACGACAAGCCCUGAACUGUGUGGAGUGGAACCCAUUUCCUGUAGAUUUUUGGACAGCUGGAUCCAAUGGCUGUGGACCUAGAAGCUCUGCAAGUCUGACUAUAGCGGCCAACAGCUCCUCAGUGGUGGAGUAUAUAGAGGGGGUGAUAGCACGGGCCCAGGUUAUGUAUGAUGCUGGGGCCUAUCUACACUGGUACUGGAGACAUGGGGCCACACAGGACGACUUUCAGAACUCUUUCGAGACUUUGCGUACAGUAGUGGAGGAUUACAAGGAAGCUGUCAGAUGAACCAUACAAAACUGAUGUUUGCAGUAUUCAGUUAGUCCUGAUGAUUUUAAAUGAUGUCAAAGCGGGUAAUAGUUGCACAAAUAACCCUGUCUUCAGAGUUUGGCGGGACAGAGCAACAACCUGCAGUGACACAAUGGAGCAAGUCUGCUGACAAUUUGGGUGUAAUCGAGCAAAAAAGACCAACUAGAGUGCAAUAGUUGACAUCUGUUCAUGAAUUAGAUACAGUUGCCUUCUGAUCGCACAAUGAAAAACAUUGUAACUAGUGUUUUCAUUGGUCAGUAUUAUGUGCUGAGACUGAGCUGUAUCAGGAGUUUCUAUUGGUCAGUGUUCGACGAGCAAAGAGUUAGACAUUUUAAUCUAAAAACUGUUUGUUCAUGUUUUUGUUUUUUCUGGUUGGUUAAUUUCUUCAAACACAAUUCAGAUAAUUAAUUUUUAAUUAUAUAUUUCUCAAUAAAACACACAAUUAAAAUGACACAAUUAACUUGUCUUCUUGACAAACAAAAUACAA